AUGCCUCCGCACUCCGUGAUAGAGUGGAUGAUCGGCCAGAACGUCACUGGCCGAAGGCCGAGACCACCCAAGCGAGCGGCACCCAAGCGAGAAGUGGUCAGGGUCGAGGUCACUACCGACGACGAGUCCGGCGCAGAUGCCAUCAGCAUCACAUAUCCUCGCACCGGCCCCGCCAAGUCUGAUGGCGCCCAUGUGAAGAAAGUUAGGUUCGAUUCUGUCCUCAAGUCGGCCCUCAAGACCUCAUCGUCGCCCGACAGCUCGAGCAGCUCGUCAAGCUCGAGUCCCAAUGGCGACUCUUCAACCAAGAACGGCGCCAAGGCUUGCAAGCUCAAGGCUGCACUUAGCGAUGAGAGCAGUGACGACACCACUUCGGAUUCGGAACCCCAUCCGACCUGCCUCUGUCGGGACUGCAGGGUUGGGCGACGGCGGGCGAGAAGACUGAGGCGUAUGAAAGCCAAGGCCGAAUCGUCGGACGAUAGUAGCACCAGCGAAUCAGAAUCCGAACCCGAGCCCGCUCCUGCGCCAGCCCCCAAGCCUCAGCCCAAGCAGAAGAACAAAGGCAAGCAGAAGAAGCAGGAGGCAAAGUCCCAAAAGAAAGCUCCGGCACCCGCUCCUCCGCCCACUCCUGAGCCCGCAACCGACACAUCUGAGUCGGACACGCCUGGCGAGACAACAGAUGGUACGCAGACCGAGGGAGAGAGUGAGAGCGAGGCAGAGGCUCUACCGCCGCCGCCUUCUCCUGAGCCCGAGCCUGCGCCUGCUCCUGCUCCCAAGGAAAAGGCACCCAAGGAGAAGAAGAAGGCUGCCAAUGCCGGAGCCAAGGGCAACAACAAGGCCGACAACAAGACCGCCAAUACUACCGACAACGGAAAGGACAAGGAUUCCAACUCUAGUGAGAAGAAGGGUGGAAGCGAUGCAGGUUCCCACGGCUCCAAGAACUCUAACAGCAAGAUUUCCAAGGGGGAUAUGGACAAGGCCGAAUCGCGAUCCCAGGAGCUGCCGCCGUUCUCUAGCAACGACGACGCUAGACCGCCUCAUCUACUAAUGCCAGUCAAGGCCCAGAUUCUUCAGGUCGAACAUACCAUUGAGACUCCGGACGACCCACGGCCGAACGCUUUCGUUAACAAUGAGCAUGGCGUCCUCCGUGUCUACCACGGCCCUGCGUACGGCAACCCGAACGGCAACCUCUAUCCCCAGCGGAAUUGGUCGGGCCAGCCACCCUCAUUGGGGAUGCCCCAUCCGCUCAACAAUCCCUAUAUGUACGGGUUUGGAAACCCGGGAGCCGACCGGGCCGCCAACGCCCUACCCCAAGGCCCCUCACAUGACAACCAGAUGCCACCGCAAAUGAUGUGGCCGCCAGCUGGCAUGGGACCCGACGGCCCACAGCCUCACAUGAUGCCUCCCGGCGCGUUCCCUGGCGGCCACUUCAUGCCUCCAGGCUGGCCAAUGGGCGCUGUCCCUGGUCCUGACGGCAAUCCUAUGCUACCCGUGUUCCCCUAUGGCCCUCCACCUGGCCCACCGGGCCCAGGCAGGCCCCCUCAGAAGCCAACAAGCAUCCGAUCUGGAGGCUCUGUUCCCCCAAAGUCAUCAGUUGUCGGGGGACUUGAGCUGAACUUUGAUGGCAGCGGUCGCCCCGUGACAGCGCCGUCGAGCAAGGGCAGGGACAAGGACAAGGGAUGGAGCAACAAUGUCGCGCCGCCGCCACAGCCUUCGGCAGGAAAGGGAUCUCAGGCGCCGCAAAAUGCCGGCAGCGCCUCCAAGGACCCAUGGCAGACGAAUGACGCAUGUGCUGGAGCAGGGCACCCGGGCGUGGACGGCAGCGGUGGGUGGGGCCGCGACGCCUUUGAAAAGCCGCCAUCAGGCUCGGGGCAUGGCUCGCAUGGGAAUAGAAGCAAUAACAACGCCAACGGCGGCGGAGGAUGGGACAACAACAGGCCAUCCAGCGACCGCCCUGGCUGGCCUCCUUCCAAGCCCCCGAGCAACCAGAACUGGGGAGGCGGUGGCGGCGGAUCGAAUACUGCCAGCAACCAGAUCUGGAGAGACGGAAAUAACUGCUGGACUGGUAACGUAUCCAACACCAGCAAAAACCAGGAUUGGGGAGGUCCCGACAACUGGGGCAACAGCGGCAACUCGGGUGGCGCACCGGCGCCAUGGGACACGGGCUCGCACAAGAAUGCAUCCGCAAAGGCGCCCUCUCAGCACUCGGGCUCUCAGAAGAAGAACAGCAAUAAGGGCAGCAACAAGGGCCCGCCAUCGAACGUCUCGGGAACGAGGAACAAUGUCGCCCCGGGCUCUUGGGUCAACGCAGACAGCCAGAGCACGACGGCAAACAGGGCCCCAGCACAUGGCCCCAGCAGCCAGCCCCCUCAAGGCUCACCGCCUGCUAACCAAGACACAGGCAAAAAGCAGUCCGGCAGCGGAAGCCAGCAAGGAAGCAACAAGAGCAAUGCCGGACGGAGCAAUGUAAGCAGCGGCAGCAACAAGAACAACGGGGGCAACGGGAACGACUGGAACAACGAGAGCGAUGGCAACAAUUGGAACAACGGUGGUGAUGGCAACAAUUGGAACAACGGUGGUGAUGGCAACAAUUGGGACAACGGGGGUAAUGUCGACAAUUGGGACAACGGGGGUAAUGGCAAUAAUUGGGAUAAUGGAGGCAGCGGCAUGAAUAGCAGCCCACCCAAAGGAACCGGAGGAGCCUGGGGCAACACGUUUGAUAACAAGUCGAACAAUAGUGGCAACGGAGGCGGCCACGGCCCUGGGGACUACCCCAGACGCCGGAGCGAGCGCAUGCCCGGGUCCUGGGAGUCGCCCCUGCCAAGCGCUCACCCGCACCAAGACGCGGCCAACGACCCCCGACCGUCGGGAGGAAGCAAGAGCGGCAGCGCCGCCGGACGGGGCUGCUCCCAACGCAGCGCAUCGCACCACAGCGGACCGCCGGCAAUCCUCGCGGCCGUAUACGACAACAACGUCGCGGGCGGCGGCGGCGGCGGCGGGUGGGACAACCAGCCGAGCAACAACCCCACCACAACCGGAGGCGGCUGGAGCAACAACGGUGGUGACGGCCAUCCGGGCGGACAGCAGUCUUCUACUGUUGGGGACGCUGGAUGGGGCGCCGGCGGAAAUGCCGGCCCCAUGCCCUCCUGGGCCGACCCCAGCGUCGCCCAGAGCACCAGGAAGUCCCCCUCUGGCACCGAGUGGUAGUAGUAGAUGGUGGUGGCGCCUACCCCGGCUGCUCUGGUGGGCAGUUUGCGGCUUCUUCAGGCUCAUCAGAGCAUCCAUCAAGGCGGUGGUGUGGGUGGUCCGCGGCCUGGCCAUGGGCGUACUUGGCAUUCUCUUCGUCUGCAACGUCGUGGCCCGAGAGAUGCUGGGCGGCUUCCUCAACUGGUGGCUGCUGGCCAUCCUCGCGUGCGUCUUUGGCUGCCAGGCACGGGCGUACCUGACGGAUAGCGCGAGGCGCGAUUCGAUAUUUUCGGUUCCGGGGUGGCUGUGAUCCGCGCACGGAGAGGAGAUGGUUGGCAGUAGCAGCCGGACCCCUUCCCCAGAUCGGGAGGAAACCUCCCAUUGCGGGCCCUUUGUAUGGCCAUAUGGAUUUGCUUAUUCUGACCAACCGUGGGCGGUGGUCCUGUCGUUAUAUUUGACUGGGAAAGACAACAUUCGGGAGGCGGGCUAAAG